UUCAAACUUAGAAUAGAUCCGUUGGGAAGUCUCGCGAGUUCUUGUUCGUCGGUCUUCGUCGUCGUUCACCGAGAAAGAAACCCUAGAUUCCCAUCCCUUAGAUUCGAUCGACUCGCUGGGAAGGAGAAGGCCGAGGUACGAGGGACGAUGAAGAGCAUUCGCGGGAAAUCGGCGGCGAGGAAACCUCUCGGGGACAUAUCGAACUGCGGGCGCAACACCCUCCGGUCACGCAAGAAGAGCAACAAGUCCGAGGAAGUGAACGAGCACGACUGUGGCGUCGAUCGCCUCCUCCUUGUGCGCUCCGAUCUAGCCAGUGUCGUUGCCCAGAUUGAUGAAAUAAUUGCUCGAGCCAUUGAGAAUAAAGGAAAAGGCAUCAAGGCAAACCAAGAUAUUGAUUCCUUGCGGAGUGUGUUAUCAGAUAUGCAUGCAUCUUUGAAGCCAUGGCUCUCAAAACUACAACAAUCCCUUGACACUGCUCCAGCAGCUACUCAAAAUCAGUUAAUUCAAUCUAAAGAAACUAAAUCUGUUUCUGGUGACAUGGAAGAUGAAGAUGCUGUCAAAAUCGAAAGAAAUCAACCUAAACCAGAUCCUGAACUUGAACUUGCAGUUUCACCUUCACCGCUAGUCUCUUGGCGGGCGGGCACCUGUAUGGUCGAUUGCGGAAAACAACUAUUUUUGCUCACACCACUACCCAAAAACAGAACAUGCUCCUCAAAGUGCCCAGGGCAAUCCAAAUCUGCGCUCAAGAUAUUCUUCGAUAGAGCCCAUCCAAAGCCUCAUGAGUUACCUCCAUCAUCAUUUAGCCCUACUACUGCUCAACAUUAUCUCGCUAGAGUGGAAGAAAAGCCAGCACCAAUUGUCUUAUCAGAGCCUUGCUCUUUCGGAGAAACAAGUGAUCUUCAACUUUCAACUCCAUGCUUACCAAGGAGCUCUGGGUUUCUUAAUCCAAUCAUCGAGACACAUCCGGAUGUGGAGAUUUCUGAGCUUCCUGAGAAUAACAAUGUUGCUGAGCUAUUUGUUGACUUGGAUGAUGAACAUUCCAACAGAUCCAUUACCAAUAACCUAAAUCUAUUUGGCGGGCAGAUUCUUCCUGGGUUUGCUAACAGAAGAAAGGAAGUUUGUGAGACACUUGAUUGGUUCUUAUCACCCCUAAAGACUUGUAAACUGCUGGAAACAUCAGAUGAAAAAUCGCUUCCAACAACUCCCAACGUUUCACUCUCAUUUUCCACUCCUUUCAAUUUGGAGAGUACCCAAAAAGAGAAACUGCUUGGCGAAACCACACUCAAGAGAGAGCUCUGGACUAAGUUUGAGGCUGCUUCCUCAAAUCAUCUAAGUUUCGAUGCUUCUAUCUUUCAAAAGGAAGAAAAUGAAGGAUUUCUUCACAAGCUCGAUGAAGUAGCUAAAUGAUCCAACUGCUUAAAAGAAUUUUCGUUGGUUUUCAAUCUUCAUCAUUCCAUUCAGCACCAUGUGAGAAACAUUGUAGCGUAUCCUGCCAACUGCAUUCAAAAACGCAAAGAGCAAGCAUAAGAGAAGCAGCCAACUCACAAUUCUGACUUAAGAGAAUCAGCUGACUUGUUCCAAGUCUUUGUGCAGAUACUAGUGAUGAUUAAUUUUGCUUGCAUUGUUCAAUCUCUCUAUUGUUAAAUAAAUAAGAGUUCACAAAUUCUUUGGUGCCAAAAGGUGAAGUUGUCACCUUCGCAGUUUCUCCAGGACGGCCCCAUACACUCCGAAAGGGGAAAAAUCACACAAGUUUAUUCAGCAUUGGUCGAGCAAUCUUCCUAGACAGAGGACACGGAAUAAUCCGAAAUGGUAUUUGCAUAUGUUGGAAAUUGAACCAUGCCUCUAUGAGAGCAAGUUCUAUCCUAGUAUUAACUCGGCUAUCCCCAGGGGGUAAGAGUUCCUGGAGGCUACCAUAGUGCACUUUUGUAGAAUGUAGUAUUAAUGUUUUGAGGCUGUCCUGGAUGUUUACAUCGACCAAUUCCUAGCCUCUUUCUUGGAAAAUGAAAGAUUGACAAGGAUUUGUAAUUCAAAAUUUGCAACU